AUGAGAGAAACGGAGCCGUUCUCGUUUGGGAGCUCCGACGCGCUCGACUUCCCCAUCAGCGUGCGCAUCAUCAAUCUCGAGGGCGACGAGAUCCCGUACCACUUCUCGACGCUGUUGCAGCGCCCCGAACUCCGCCAUGUCGGCUCCAACACAAGUCCACACUCUGACCUCUACGUAACGGUUCAGGUCUGGGCCGGGUCUAAGCCGUUGACUCCACCAGUCCAGACGGCAUACAAGGCAUUCAAAACCGAGCGCCGCUGGAACGAAUGGCUGACUCUGCCCAUCAAAUACUGUAACGUCCCUCUGAACGCGCACCUCGCCAUUACUAUUUGGGAUCUUUCCCCGCAACCUGGAGAGGGGGAGAAGGAGUACGCCCAGGGCCACGCGGUACCGUUUGGUGGUACGACGUUGCCGUUGUUUGAUGGGGAUAAUCAAGCACAGAAGGGGAGGCAAAAGUGUCAUGUGCACAGACACAAACUUGCCGACGGGUGCGAUGAUACCAAAACCCCGGCGAUUCUACCCAAAAGAAGGAACGAUUCUAGACGCAGUGAUUCUGUUGUCGUCGACGAGGAUGCCGAAGAGUUGGAGCGGAUGGAGAAGCUGUUCAAGAAGCACGAAAUGGGCGAGAUCCCACGUGUCGAGUGGCUUGACCAGCUGGUAUUUCGAGGGUUUGAGAAACGUGGGAUCCAGACGGCCAGGUCGUCUCUCAAAACUCUGCAACGGCAGAGGGCACUCCAAAAAGCCAACGGCGACGAUUCUGGGACGACACAGGAAGAGGAAAGGGCGUCUUUGUUCAAACUAAACAUUGAACUGCCUCGAUUUGACUUCCCCGUAGUCUUUGCCGACCACGGAUACCCACCACCUCCCAUCUCUUCUCUCCAGCACAUGUCGGCAUCGCAAUCUAGCGUCGCGCUCAAGCCUCCUCCAGAGGUGCUCUACGGUCCUGGUAUCAACAGUCCUGGCGAACCUGCUGGUCUUGGCACAAGGCUUGUGCGUGUAUAUGAUCCUGAGGUUGGUGCCAAGGACAACCCGGCAGAGAGUAAGCACCGUAGGUUGGUGCGUGGUCAGCACCGCCAUGGCGUAAUGGAUAAGGACCUGAAGCCGAACCCCAAGACCCGUGAUGAACUCAACAACAUACUUUCAUACUCGCCUACACAUCCACUGACUCCUGACGAGCGCGACCUUGUCUGGAAGUUCCGUUACCACCUGAGCCGCGACAAGCGGGCCUUGACCAAGUUUGUCAAGUCGGUGAGCUGGCAGGACCAGAGCGAAUCCCGACAGGCGGUGCAAGUGCUGGCCAAAUGGACCGAGAUCGAUGUCGACGAUGCUCUUGAACUGCUCGGGCCGACCUUUGAGUACCCUGCAGUAAGGGCAUAUGCGGUCGAUAGGCUUCGUAAAGCUGAUGACGGCGAGUUGUUGCUUUACCUUCUACAGCUGGUGCAGGCCUUGAAGUUUGAACAUAUUCCCACCAUCGAUCGUGGGCAUCGAGAGGCAGCUGAGGCGGGUGGAGUGGCAGCGGCACAGGAUUCAUCUCUCGCCCGCUUUUUGAUCGCGAGAGCCAGUCAAAAUUUUAUGCUGGGCAAUUACUUCUACUGGUAUCUCAUGGUGGAGUGUGAUGACCUGAGCCAGGAUCAGCUACCGGAAUACAGGACUAUCUACCGCAAGGUGGCCUACGACUUUAUGACGGAAUUGGUCGCCCGUCCUGGCGGCGCGGAUACUCGCAAGACCCUGCUCAGGCAGGCAGAAUGGAUAGCCAUCCUGUCCAAGAUCUCAGCAGAGAUCAAGGAGGCAAACGAGUCGAUCGCGCGAAGAACAGAUAGGGUGAAGCACCUUCUCGCCGAUCCCAAGAAUGAGUUGAUCUCCAUAAACCCACCGUUGCCAUUGCCUCUUGACCCAUCUCAGAAAAUCGUCGGUGUUGUUCCCGAUGAGAGCACCGUGUUCAAAUCUUCACUUCACCCUAUCAAAGUCACCUUCAAGACGGAUACUGGACAAAAAUACCCAAUACUGUUCAAGACGGGUGAUGAUCUACGCCAAGACCAGCUUGUUGUGCAAAUCAUUACGCUCAUGGACCAGCUGUUGCAAAAGGAGAACCUGGACCUUAAGCUGUCUCCCUACAAGAUUCUAGCGACAAGCACAAGUGCUGGCCUCACGCAGUUUGUUGCAUCCCAGAGUUUCCAAACCAUUGCGAACCGAUUCAGUCGUGCCAACGUUCCUCCAGCACUCGCGUACCUGAGGCAUCACAACCCAGACGACGCGGCGCCGCUCGGGGUGCGCAAGGAGGCACACGACAUGUUUGUUCGGUCGUGCGCGGGCUACUGUGUCAUUACAUAUAUCCUUGGAGUCGGCGAUCGGCACUUGGAUAACCUCCUGCUCGCCCCGGACGGACACUUUUUCCACGCCGAUUUCGGCUUCAUCCUAGGGCGGGACCCGAAGCCGUUUGCACCGGCCAUGAAGCUUUCCCGCGAGAUGGUGGACGCCAUGGGUGGAGCCGGUUCCGACGGUUACCGGGCCUUUAAGCAGUACUGCUUCCUGGCAUUCUCGGCGCUGCGCAAGUCGAGCAACCUGAUCUUGAAUCUCUUCAGCCUCAUGGUGGACGCAAACAUACCCGAUAUCAAGCUCGAGCCGGACAAGGCCGUCAUCAAGGUCAAGGACCGGUUCCACCUGGAUAUGAACGAGGAAGAGGCGCUAAGGUUGUUUGAGCGCAUCAUUGACGACAACCUGAAUGCGUUUGUGCCGAUUGUCAUUGACAGGCUGCAUGAAUUCGUGCAGGCUUUUAGGGCUUGA